AUGAUAAUUCAAGUUGUCUGUCUGUUGCCCAUUGUGGCUGUGUCCGUCACUGCAGUGGUGGUUCCUAGCCCGCCCGGUCCAUACGACGUGUUUUACAACACAGCAAAAAUGAUUGACAAUACCAGAGUCGAUCCGUUUGACAUUAAGCAAGGAAAACGUGCUGUUAUGACUUCAAUAUUUGCCCCCACGGACUGCAGAGUCGAUCUCGAGAAGAUAGAUUACUUGCCUGCAGCGACUGCCCAAUUCUAUUCCGACCUAUACGGCACGUAUGGACUAUCUAAUGGAUCAAUUCAGUCCAUUCAACUCCAGAUGUGCCCAGAACCACCAAAGGACCAUCACAUCCCGUAUCCACUGGUGAUCUUUUCACCUGCCCUUGGCACGACGCGACUAUUCUACAGUGCCAUUGCACAAGCUGUGGCCAGCGCUGGAUAUGUUGUGGUGUCUGUGGAUCAUCCAUAUGAUACUGAAUUUCUGGAGUUCCCGGAUGGAAGCAUCUUGACUGCUGCGAACAUUAGUGACGCGCAGGUUCCGCUGGAUGUCGACACCCGAGCGCAGGAUAUUAUGUUUGUGCUGGAACAGCUAGGUACAAACGCGGGAGUAGCAGCCCUGCUCCCUGGACGGCGAGCUCGAGGCUUGGAUACUCGGCGAGCCGCGAUGUACGGUCACUCGCUCGGGGGUGCGGCCACCGCCACCGCCAUGCAUUUGGACCGUCGAAUUGUUGCUGGAGCGAACCUGGACGGGUCAAUGUUCGGACCAGUCCUUCAAAAAGGGCUCCAGGGACCAUUUUUCCUGUUCGGGCACGAAAACAAAACCCAGGCGACGGACCCAUCAUGGGCGGAGUUCUGGUCAAAUCUGCGGGGCUGGAAAUUAGAGCUGGAACUGUCGCAGUCUCAGCAUUACACAUUCUCAGACUUGCCGCUUCUAGUGAAGCUCCUGGGGCUACCUGUGGAGGAGGUACCUGCUAUUCAAUCUAUGAUUGGAAUCUUGGAUGGAUCCGAAGCUUUUGAAAUUAUUCACCGAACUGUCGUUGCCUUUUUAGAUUUUGGGCUUCGUCGGACAUCGUCGAGUCCGCUUCAGGAGGUUGUUUCUCAGUAUUCGGAGGUGUCAGUCGUUGCAACCUAG